CAUUUACCGCUUGAUUAAGCACACUUGCGCAUCCAUUCCUACGGCUCUUCGCGAAGGGCUGCAUAACAAAGAGGGAGCGGAGUAGGAAGCCAGUCCUGUAUUAUGUGUAUGCAUAACACCUAAUAAUUACUGAACUCUACAAUAUUUAUCCGAUGAAUCAGCGUUGGGCGUUGUCAAUGUUACAUCCUCGAAGGCGAGCCCUGUAGAUAGCGACAUCGUCGCAGCCAUGGCGGAUCAGCCAUUGUUUGGUGUAUUCCAGGAAGAAAAGGGACUUGCGGUCAGCGGGGAGCCUUAUGACAAGCCUGUCGAUGUCCACACUCGACACAAUGGCAAGCAGUUCGAGGUUCCUGACUGCACCGCGAUUUCCGGGAAGGGACCUGACACCUGGUUCGACAAGAGCCUCAAGCUAGCCACCCCGGCUGACCAGUACUCGGAGCCCUUGGACCUACCCACCAUCGUUGCGGCCAGGGCGAAACCAAGUACGGCCAUACCCCAAUCGGGAGGUCGGCCUCUCCACGAUAAGCCCUUCCGCCCCAGCAACCCUUCGCAGCGCCCGGGAAAGGCAUCGGGGUCCCUGUACGGCACCUUCGGGCCCAUCAGCUUAUUCUUUGCCGUACCAGAGGGCAGUGGGGACCACAGCGACACGCGACGCCCCAUCACGGCCCCUGUGGACACGGAUGCGCUAGGGAACAUCUACACCAAGCCCCCCAGGAAGGGCGGUCCCGGGUACCCUGAUCAGUACCGCCUGCUGUCCGGCGGGUCGUACACGUACGUACCGGAUGAGUACCAGCGGGGUCGUACACUGGAAAAGGCCCUCAAACACGAAGCACGUGCCCGCAUCCCCAAGCCAUUUUGGGGCCGCACGCGCGCCAACGGCGUCUUCACGUCCGAUAGCGAGCUAUACGCCGUGCCCCCGGCCAAGUCCCCUACCCGCAGCCGCUCUGCAUCUGACGGUCGACCUGCCUGGCGGCCCAACAACCCGGCGCCCAAGGGAAAAUACUGCGGACUGCUCUCUUCGCCCACAUACAUCCCGUCUCCAGCGCCGCCGGAGAAGGGAAUUGACGUGCAACGGAAGAUAACGCUGCUUCAAGGCCAUUGGUGGACGCGCAUUGAGGAUGCCGUAGAUUUGCUUGCAAAAACAUACUCCGCUGCAUGCGCCAGCAUUUGGAUUUUGGACGAGGCAGCUGACUCGUUCGUUGCGCUGCUCAGCAAGGGCCCUAUGCGCCAGGCUGUCCAGCCCGGCUGCGCCGUACACCUCCGCUCGGAGUACGACCCUAACAGCCCAUCUAGCCUGACGUCGCUUUGGGAAACCAAGGCCGUACAGUCGUACAGCGUCGGUCCGCACCACAGCAGCAAUUCCUCGGCGGGGUCGCUGCACUGCCGCCGCAGCGGCGCCGGCGGCGGCGCCGCCUUCCCCGCCGACUGGAAGCUGCUGUAUAACGCCCACCACUUCACGGACUUCUUGGCGGUGCCCAUCGUGGCGGCACCCCUCGACGGAGCGGACCGGCCUUGUCCCACAUCAGAAUCCGCCACCUCAGCGGCUGGCAUGCUGGUAGCCGCGCUAGGCGGCGGCGCAACCUCCGGUGCAUCCAACGCUGUCGUCACUACUGCCGCCGCCGCAGCGAUGGCGGUGGCCAACGCAAGCGAAGGCGCCGCGGCCGGCGCGAGCAGCGGCGGCCGCCAGCAAAUCGUUGGCGCGCUGACGCUGUACCUUAGCCGGCCAGACAGGGUUUCGGAGCAGCCUCCGAGCAUCUUUCAUACACCCUUGGAGCAGGAUCUCGUGGUCCUAGCGCUGGCGGGGGUGCUUUUCAGCUGCGGCCCCGAGCCCGUACGGCACGUCUGUGAGCUGGUGCAAGCCGUACAGUCGGCAACGGGCAGUGGCGAGCUGGCGGUGGCGGUGGCGGCGGGGUUGACGGCACGACUACAGCAUGUGUUUGCGGUGGCACCGGCCGCAUUGCUAGCGUUGGUGCCGCCGAAGCAGGUCAGCGCUGUCGUAUUUCGGGACCUGACGACGGCGGCGGAGGCCUUCGCCGCCGGGCCUGGAGCCAUUGAUUCGUUAGCGGGUGGAUCGAGCUCCCAGACGUUGCCGCUGCUGCACCCGGCCCUUGCGUCCGUUGCCGGCGGCGGUGGCGGCGGUGGCGGCGGAAGCGGCGGCGCGAACGGCACGGCAGCGACGGCGCUGUACAGCGGCAGUCACUCGCAUGGCGGCGGCGGCAUCAGGGUCCAGUACCGUACCGCUGGCAUCCAUUUGGGCGUUACCGACGCCGGCGCUCCCGCGGGUUCCAUCGAGCGCUCUCCCAGCCUGCUGGGCACCGGUCUGCGCGGUGACGGGGCCGCCACGACCAACGGCGGCGGCGGCGCCGCUGCUGCUGCUGCUGCUGUCGCCGGCCUUUACGGCGGCGGUUUCGCAGUUCCGGACGUCAGUGCUGGUGCUGUUGGGGGCGGCGGUGGCAGCCUCGGUGCAGCACGUCUCUGCACGCCGAACAGCCGCAGUGCGGGCGUGCUGGGGGCCCAGAACCCUUCCGGGCUGCUGACGUGUCGCUUGGACCGCAUGCCCUCGCGGUAUAAGGCCCUCGUUUUCCCGCUUUCACACACACUGUUGCAAGUGCUGCUUCAGCAAGGCCAAGAGAAGAAGCUGAUGCAAGGCCGCGGAGGGCUGCUCGGCAGCGGCGCGGUCGGAGCCGCCACCGCUGCCGCCGGCGCCCGGCAAAACUCCGCCCUGCGCGACCUCUGCAUGAGCGCCGCCGCCGCCGCCGCCGCGCCCCUCAGCGGCGUAACCCGCGGCGGCUGGAUCAUUAGCGACUGCAACGACCACCUACAUGCCGUACACAGCCCGUCACGUGACAUAUACGUCAUGGCGCGCGUCAACGCGCGCCGGCCGCAUUCGCUCGUACUGGUGACGGCGGAUCUGGUCCCGUCGUCGGCCGCCAUUGGGGGGGACGGCGGCGGCGGAGCCGACGGCAGCAGCAGCAGCGCGACCUACAUUGCGUUAUACCUGGCCUUCCCCGACCGGCUCCCUCGCGCCCUGUUGGAGCUGGUGAUGGCGGAUGUGCAAUUGCUCAUGCGCCGGCUGCUGGCGCCGCUUAUUCGUCACCGCUUCGAAACCAAUUUGUCGGAGGAGUGGAGCGCACUGGCGGGUGCCGCCAACAACCUGCCCUGCCCGGGGGGCCCUGUGUUGCGAAUCACCUCCUCCAUGUCCGCCUCCCAGGCACGUCAGGUGGCGGGGCCGGGGCUGCAGCCGUCGCCCUCCGGAACGAUAAUGACGACGACAGGAAUCCAGCUUGCAGAAAGUUUUGGGUUUGGCGGCGGCGGCGGCGGCACCGCCAGUGAGCUGCAUUUGGAGGGGUUGUCGGCGGGGGAAGCGCUGCAGCAGAUGUCCGUACUGGUUUCGUCGUACAUGGACACCUUGCAGUCACUCCAGGGGCAGCUCAUGGCAUCGGACAGCGGCUCCGCCGGCGCUGCCGACGGCAAGCAGUCUGCCUGGCCUGCCGUCAGCGACCGCCGUGUCCUCCAGCGCAGCGCCCUGGAGCUGGCCGUGACUGCCAGUCUGAGCCACCCCCACAUCAUCCAGGUCUACAGCCUGUACACCAACAUGGUGCUGGUGAAGCAGCGGCCCCCCAAGCCCGGGACCUCGGGGGUGCAGCUGCUGGAGCUGUCCGCCACCACCGCACUCAACCGCGGGGAGGAGGGAAUACCCUGCUCGGCACUGUGUAUGGAAUACUGCGAUAUGGGCACGUUGGCUCACGCCAUCGACCAGCACCGCUUCCUGACGGUGUCGCCGCUGGGUGCUCGGCGGCCCGCCCUCAAGGCCAUAUGCACCUCCCUGCUCGAGGUGGCACUGGCGCUGAGGCACCUGCACGCAAGGAACCUGGCGCACUGCGACCUCAAGCCGGCGAAUGUGCUGCUGAAGAGCUCCCGGAGGGAUAGCCGCGGCUUCACAUGCAAGCUGGCGGACUUCGGGUACGUUUCCGUACUCAAAGCUGCGACACCGGGCGGCCGGCCGAUCAUCCUGCCGGAAGAGGCGUGCGGUACGGUGACGCACAUGGCGCCGGAGACAUUCAUCAAGGGCCAGCCACUGGACUUCUCCGUAGAUACCUUUUCCUUCGGCAUCCUAAUGUGGGAGCUGUACACGUGCGCCCGGCCGUACUCGGACGUGCCUGAGGACCAGAUAGCGCAGCGUGUGACACUGAAGGGUCUGCGGCCCACCUUCCCGCCGGACACCCCCCGGUCGUUUGGCGCUCUGGCUCGGCAAUGCUGGAGUCAGGAUCCCAACGAACGACCAACCGCCUCGGAAAUCGUAUCAGCCCUGGAGAACCUGCUGCAGAUCAUGAACACGCAGCUUCCGGCGAUACCGCCACUGAAGCCCAAGCCGCCGGCGGCGCCGGCGCCGGCGGCGGCAGCAGCGCCGGCAACUGCGGCUACAGCGGGACCUGCAUCGGACCGCGGGCCGGCGGCCCCGACGGCCACGACGACGGCGGCGGCGGCGCUGGGGGUGGUGGUUGAGAAGCCCAUGCCGGCGAUGCCUCGAGCCCGGGGAUCGCUCAACGGGGGUUCAGUGCAGGCAGGGGGGCUGCCGGUGACACUGUCCCCCCUGGGGAGAGCUCCGGUCACGUCGCCGCCGGCCGGGGGCCCGCUAGGGGCGGGUGGGGGGGCUCCGGUGUCCGCUGGCAGUCCGCCGGCGGUGGCAGAGGCUUGUUGA